GCCCAUGAAAAGUGUCGUCUAAAUAUAUUGCGAUAACUUUAAUAACCCUUAAUAACUGUUUAGUUUUAAUUAAUACAGGAACUGUUAACCAAAAGCCUUAUCGUAUCAUGAUUUUACUAUUCUGUAAUUGUAAUUGCCUCCUUACUCUGUAACCUAUAAAUAGCUUUCGAUAACUCAAGGUUUAUAUCUGUAAUACAGAAACAAAAAUGAUUUUCUUCAGUUUGUCAGUAAGGAAAUAUAAUUUUCAGAUUAAAUUUCGUCCAUGAGUAAAUGAGAAUCAAGCCAACUUAUAUUGUAAACGCGGAAGUUUGUGGGGAUGAAUGGAUGUCUGUUGCUCUUUCACGCAAAAGCUACUAAACCAAUUCUGAUGAAAACUUACAGUAGUGUAGCUUUGAUAUGAGAAUAAAACAUAGGGUAUAAUUUAUCUCGAAAAUCAUCAUGCCGUUCCUCUUGUAUUUUGGGUUUUCUCACGUGGCACUGACUAUAGAUGUAACUAUAAAUUUCUCUGAGCCCAAUACCGGAGCAUGCAGACGAAGUCGCGAUCAAAAAUUGGUUCGAUACACAUAUGUUUGGUGAUUUGGAAAUAGUUAUAUCCGCAAACAUCGAAUUAAUAAUAUAGAGACAAUAUUUUUAUAAAAUUGUCUUCAGAACAACUGUUCAUACAUUUUAGAAUUUUAUUUACAUUAAUUAUUAUAUGUGAGUCUGUUUGUAUAGACUUCACAUAAACGAGACCUAAUUUUGAAUGGUUAACGAAAGCAAAUUUGAAUUCAUUAGUCCGAAUGACGUACUCAGUACCAGACAGAACAAAUAGAUAUCAUAAAAUCGAUACGGCCAAUUUAAAUUGUUUUCAAAAUUAUUGUUGGGUAGAUAAAAUUCUCAUAACUUAUACGAUACUUGCUGACUGAUAACUGAUAAAAACAUUUAACGUAACUUCAUGUUCAGACGUAUUGUGUUACUUUACGAGAGCGCACUGGUGUUGCUAUAUCUGAACAGGUGUUGCCGUAUCCGUGAGGACGGCUUGUGAUAUUUUACCCAAACCGUAGGGAGCUAUCACGUAUUCGAAGGGUGAGGAAUAAAUUCUCGAGAACACACUGUUGGGGUAAUCCGGUAGAAAUGUACCCUGUGCAGGACGGCCGGAUGGGGCGGCGUUUCGUUCUAACACUGGUGAUCGGAAUAUCGGCUGGUUUUAGUUUCGCGUACAUUCUGUUAACCUCGGCCGGCUUCACACGGGAUGUAGCCUGGUCCUACAGAGACUCAGCAAGAGAUCUCGAAAAACAUCCAAUACCGAGCGUCAUAGAUCACGGCAAAGACGAGCCCGCUCAUAGAGAUGAAGACAGAACUGUGGCCGAUGAAUUGGCUAAACGAGUACGCGUUCUCUGCUGGGUUAUGACACAGCCGAGUAACCAUAAGAAAAAGGCUAUCCAUGUUAAAGCUACGUGGGGGAAGAGAUGCAAUAAACUGUUGUUUAUGAGCACCGUCGAAGAUGAGAGUUUGCCAUCAGUGAAGUUACCAGUGUCAGAAGGAAGGGAUUAUCUUUGGGCGAAAACUAAAGCUGCCUUCAGAUACGUUUACGAACAUCACCGGAGAGACGCAGACUGGUUCCUCAAAGCUGAUGACGACACGUAUGUGGUAGUAGAGAACCUGAGGUACAUGCUGUCAGAGCACGACAGCAAGGAACCGAUGUAUUUCGGAUGUAGAUUCAAACCAUUCACCUCGCAGGGCUACAUGAGCGGCGGGGCUGGGUACGUUUUAAGCCGAGCGGCUCUGGACAAGUUCGUGAGGAACGGUCUGCCGUCACCACACCUGUGUAAGGCGGGCGACCACGGGGCCGAGGACGCCGAGAUGGGUAUAUGCCUUCAGCACCUGGGCGUUAAGGCGAUGGAUUCGCGGGAUUCUCUCCAGCGGGGACGAUUCUUUCCCUUCGUCCCUAAGGAUCAUUUGUUCCCCAACAAGGAUAAAGGCUUUUGGUACUGGCAGUACAUAUACUAUCCCACUGAUGAGGGUCUAGACUGUUGUUCCGACCACGCGGUUUCCUUCCACUACGUGAAUCCUGAACAGAUGUACGUAUUGGACUAUUUGAUAUAUCACCUGAGACCAUACGGCAUCAACUACAGGGGCUCCAUACCCAGGAACGACACUGACGUUAGAUAGAUAUGUACCAAAGAAUAAUAUAUAUAUAUUUGAAUUUAUAUACAAAGAAAAAACUGACUUAUAUAAUAUUAUGUACAGUUCACUUGUAUGUGAAUUUGAUUAUUUAACAAAUUAAUCGAUAUAAUAAUUCCAUAUGUACAUAUAUUAUGACACUAAUGAGGCUUAUACUGCAGUGUAUCUGAGUCUGCGUAUCCUUAAAAUAUGUGUUAUAAUACAUUAAGUAAUCAUAAUAACUAAUAACCAAAGUUCUAUCAUAAGCCGGCGAGACAGUCCUUGUAGCGAGGAACCUGUCAAUAUUUCUUCUACACAAUAAGUCCUGUAGCUAUUUUAAGAUCAAACGUACUUGCAUAAUGGUAGCAUAAUUCUCUAUAUACUAAGCAUAAUACAGAUCUGUACGGAACGAUCUGAACAAUUUGGUCGGUACACAUUUAAUGUUUAUGAUGUAGCGAGGUUUUAUUUACAUCUUAUUUAUGUAAAAAAAAUACUCAAUUGAUAUAUAAUAAUUAAUUUAAUUAGUUAUCGUAAUUGUGUGUUAAAAUUAUUUAUAACAAUAUCCUGGUGUUAGGUUAAGUUUUGCAUUUCACACUGUGGCUAGUCGCUAGUUGUCAUCCAAAGAUUCCUUUAGUUUAGGAGAGCACUGUAUAUAUGUUAUUUUGUUUGAAUUAUAAUUUUUAUUAUACAACAAGUUCUUUGCUUGAGAUAUUUAUUUUUUUCAUAGUAUUCUGUAUUCUAUACGGUUUUAUACCGUUUGAUAUACUUUUAUAUAUAGUUUUAAUAAUGAAAAUUGAAUGAGAAUCAAUUGAAUUCUAUCCAUAAAUUGUCCACUGCCGUUACUAACAAUAGUAGCUCACUGUUACUUCUGAAAUAUUUAAAUGUAUAGCAAUAAGGUGUUUAACAUAUACUAUAGGAAUAUAAUAAUAGGAAUACACUGUGUUAUAGAAUUUUUGAUAUUUGAUACAAAAAUGUUCCUCACGUAUAUUUAAUUUAUAACUUUUUUUUUUUAAUAUUAUUUGCUCAAUUGGUUAAUUUUAAUUUAUUUACAUUGUCUCCAUAAAGCAUUUUUCAUUAAA